CCUGAAUUCAAACUGAGUCGCCUUUCACUGCCGCGUGUCAAGUGAGAAAACAAACAAAAACAAGUCAAAUUCCUCUACUCACUGGCCUCCUUCUCCUUCAUUUUUCCGGUGCUCCAUACAAUUCUAAUUCCGGCCAAAAAUGUCGAAGCAAUACGACAACUGGGAGAGGCUCGUGCAAGCCACGCUCCGCCGUGAAGCCUUCCGCCAACUCUGCCGCCAGGACUCCUUAUCGAGCAUCUCUUCUUCUUCUUCUGCUUCUUCCCCUUCUUCCUCACCGCAAUAUUCUAGAAGCUUCCGCAAACUCGAACACGAACCUCCACUGCCGUCGGAUCUAGGGAUGAUCUCGAGGUUCCCCCACCGUUUGAUCGCCCUGGCCACCGACCACUUCAGCGAUCGGAACCUCCUCGCGCGAGGGAGCUCCGGCGACCUCUUCAUGGGUCUGAUUUCCGAACCCGUCAUGGUGAAGCGGGUCGGGUUUGGGGACGGCGGCGCGUUCUCGUCGGAAUUGACAUUUUUCUCUUCGAUGGCUUCCGACUCACCUCGCAGAUUCGUGCCGCUGUUAGGGCACUGCUCGGAGAAGGAAUCGGAGAAAUUUCUGAUCUACAAGUACCUGCCGAAGAGGGAUCUCGCGAACGCCUUCUACCACGAGAAGGAUGGAUUGCGGUCGUUGGAUUGGAUCUCGCGGUGGAAGAUCGCAAGGGGAGUUGCCGAGGGCCUGGCUUACCUGCACCACGAGUGUUAUCCGCCUCUCGUCCACGGGGAUGUACAAGCGAGCAGCAUACUACUCGACGAUAAUUUCGAAGUCCGGCUUGGAAGCCUGAGUCGAAUCUUGGUCGAACGUAAUCCGAAGAACAAACCUGCAUCAGUUACCUGGAGAUCUAAAACGUCGAGCUCGGGUACACUAAUAAAAGAAACACGAGAGUAUGACGUGUACUGUCUCGGGAAGGUGCUGCUCGAGCUUGUGACGGGCAAUCUGGGAAUUAGCUCGGCUAAUGACUCGAAUCUGAAGGAGAUAUUAGAGGCAACAUUAUUGAACGUCAAUCUGUAUGACAUGGAGCUUGUCACGAGCAUUGUUGACCCGACACUGAUUAUCGACGAGGAUCUCUUGGAGGAAGUGUGGGCCAUGGCAGUUAUCGCCAAGUCCUGUCUUAAUCCCGACCCCAAUAGACGGCCCAUAAUGAGAUACGUUCUUAAAGCUUUGGAAAAUCCUUUGAGGGUCGUGAGGGAAGAAGAUACGAGUAGGACUGCAAACGAAAAGGCUGCAAGAUAGAGGGUUGUUAACGAACCGAACAAAAGCUCGUUCGUGUUCGACGAGAUCUCGUUUGUUUAUCAAACGUGGAGCCCACUUUGAACAGAAAAUUAGGCUCAGGCUCGUUUAAUAAUCUAACAAGUACGAGCUCGGUCGCAACCAUUCGAUAAUGUUUUUUGCGAACAUUAAUGUAAUAUUAUUUUAUUUUAUUUUAUUUGUAUAUUUGCAUGAUAUUUUUGUAAUAAGAAAUCUAAAAUACAAUUUAUGUAUUUUUGAGUUAAUCAAACAUAUUUAAAAGUUUG